GCUGAGAUCCAGCAACAUCCAAAGCCCAAACCCUCUCCCACACAGUGAGACUAAAAAAAAACAGCCAGAGAAGCGGCGGUCUCGUCCACCACCACCACCACCACCGGUGAGCGAUGUUGGUGGCGGGGAAGGCGAAGGCGAGCGGCGGCAAGCGGGGCGGGGCCAAGGACCCCGACGAGGCACCCCGGUCCGAUAAGAGGCGGCGCGACAUGGACGACUCCGACCCCGAGCUCGAGCUCGACAGUGACUUCAAGCAGAUCGUGACGAUGCUGCGCCACAUCAAGGACAAGGCUCACAAGGACGGCCAGAAGAAGACGGCCAUCUCCAGCGUUGCAACAGAGAUUCAAUCUAUGGUACAGAACACCAAGGCAAAGUUUGAGAAGGAAAGGCAGACUGUUCUUAAAGCUCUAAUGAAGGCUUCCAAAGAGUGUGAAGGUUCAUUGAAGACCGAGUACACCAAGUUUCAAGCCACUCAUGACAAGUUCUGCAUAGACAAAGCUCCACACACACAGAAUUUCAAAGAUCUUUUCUCAAAGUUUGAGGUUGAAAAGGAGAAACUGAUAGUUCAAUAUGAACAGCAAAAUUCGUUGCUCUUACUCAACUACUAAGAAGGAGAAGACCUCUCUUUCUGAUGUUGAGAAAAGAGUUUCAGAGAAGCUAGCAGAUGCAGAAGAAUCAAGUUGAAGCAGGUCUGUUCAGGCACCCUACAGUGUUACUUAAUCCGCCUUUCUUGUCUUGUAACCACAUCGCUUUAACGGAGUUCGAUGUGUAUUGGUACCAUGUAAAUCUCUCUCUCUUCGAUGUAACCCUGUGUUUGUGUCUCUUGC